AUGGCGACGAUGGAAAGUAGCACAUCCAAAAAUAAGGGUCAUUUAUUUUCACAUAAUAUUGCUAUAGAUACUAAUAGUCAGAAUGCUUUAAGUGGUGAUAGAGGUAUUACUAGCGCUAUUCCUGCUACAACACCCGACAAUACCAAUUUAGUGAGUCAAGUGGUAUAUAUGACAGAAGAGACAACAAAGAAAGUCAGAAAGCAACGCAAUAAAAAAUCAAAGAGAUUAACAGACCACCAAGUUCGCAUAAAUCAUGUCACAUCUGAAAAAAAAAGACGAGAAAUGAUUCGUUCGAUAUACGAUGACCUGGUUGGGUUGGUUCCUGGGUUAAAAACUACCGAAAAUAGAUCAGAAUUAAUUAUUUACUUAAAGACAAUGGCAUAUCUUAAAUGGUUAUAUUUAAAAAACAAAAGGCUUCGAGAACAAAUCAAGGCAUAUGGAAAUAUUUCGGAACAAGAAUUAAUCGAUAGAAAUCUUGUGUGGGAACUAGAAGAUGGCCUUGACUUAUUGUCAUCUCCUUGA